ACACUGCGCGACCAACACCGAGCAUGCUGCUGCUUUAGGGCUUGCGGUUCUACUACCAGACCAGUCCCAGGCUCCCAGAAGCAGCAGCAGUGCAGCCAUGACGUCGCCGCGCGGGCGGCAGCGUGUGACGUUGGCAUCAGCAGCGCCACGGGGAGAGAACGCUGUAACAACGGUGUCUAUUCUCGGGCGUGGCCCUUCCGCAGCGUCCUGCGCAGAGACACUGAGGGAGGCCGAGCAGCACGAGGGAGGCCGCGCAGUGAUUAGGCGUCCCUGGGUGCGGGUGUGACCACAGUGUGGACAAAAUGGACAAAGACCGGGUGUUGCAGAGAUUGCAGAAGGAUGUGCGCUCUUUGUUAAUUGCAUCCAAACAUGGGCUGAGCAUACAGGAACUUGAGCACGAUUACCGUAUGCUGAUUGGUACAGCUCUUCCAGUAAGGAAACUAGACUACAGAACAACCAUGGAGCUGCUUUUGGAUAUGCCAGAUGUGGUGAACAUCCACACUAAAGUUGAUGGCACAGUGGUAUUGUCAGCUGUUGUUAAUGAAGAAACAAAAAGUAUUGCGGAUUUGGUGUCCCGGCAGAAGGCCCAAACCAAAAGGAAAGUUCUAAACAAACGUCGCGUAGUGAGACCUGUGUGCCAUAAGGACCUUGUGAGACGUGGCAGAAUAGCUCCUGUACUUCCUGCAUCAAUGAAAAGUGACCUACGAGAGCUUCUCUCCAUCUCCCCAUUACUGGUCUCCCAUCUGGAAACUGCCUUUUAUAAACGGUUUGGCCGCAGUUUUCAGUAUACUAGAUACGGGUUCUACUCCUUAAUAGAAGUCCUCAGAUCUGUAUCUGAUAUUAUACAGGUGACGCAGACCAGAGCUGGAUCAUUGCUGGUGCUGAGGAACGCUGAUCCUAAGGGUACAUCUGUUGGCUCAAGUAUUCAACUCUCUAAUCAAGCUGUUACUUUCAAGGGGACUUGCAGUGUUUCCGUAGAUGCACAAAACAGUAAAAGAAAGCCAUUUGUUCAGGAUAUUCCUUUGCCAGAUGCAUCCACACCAUCUGCCGGAACUACCACCCUGGAGAAGCUUCUCAAUGAUGCAGAGACCAAUUAUUUUGCUAGCAAGAUUUCUCUUAAGACCCUCCCCAUAGACCCGAAAUUUGGAGUUUGUGACUCCCAAGUGAUGACUGAAAACUCAGUGUUAGGAGUCAAUUUGCCUUUAAGCUUGUUCCCAUCCCCUGUGCCACGGGACACUGCUAAUAAAUUACUGGUUAAACCUCCAAUACACAUAGAAACUAUCACAGCUGGAGGGACUAGCUUGGCUGCAGGUACUAUGGAAUUGGGUACAGCAGAACCUGACAAUAAUUGCAGCCUGCAGUGGCUGGAAGAAAAGCUGGACAAGGAUUUGAAACUAUGCUUAUCACAGAAGAGAACAGCUGGCGUUUUCAGCCCCGAUCUUCGACGAGAUAUUAAACAUGUUGUUAACCAGUAUUCGCAAGGUCUCCCAGUUUCACAAUUGUCGGGUCUCUAUAAGCAAUACACAGGAAAGGACCUGCCAUUCAGAGAGAUGGGAUUUCUGUCUGUACUGGACCUUGUCGGAUCAUUGGGUGACAUGCUCUAUUUGGAAUGCACAGUGGAUGGGCAAGAUUGGCGUAUAUUUGAUAUGGAAAAAAAACAGAAAAAAGAUGUGACCGAUAGUAAGGUGCUGUCACUCGUUGAACCCACUUCAAGAUGGAAUUCUCCUAUACAGAAAUCAGAGUGCCUGAAACCACAGAUGAUAAAAAUCUCUACUACAGAUGCAAGCUCUUCGUGGAGACCCCUGGAUGUGCAGUUACCUGUCUCCCAGCAAGAGAUCCCACCUGAUGCUGUCAGAAAGCAGAAGCUUCGUUGUUUAUCUCACAUGAAACGUGGCUUCGUAAUUGGGGUCUUUGUGGAGAAUAUAAUUUCUCCCAGUGAGUUCUAUAUUCGAUGCUACAGUAAAGACACCUCUCAGAAGCUGGAGGACAUGAUGAUAGAGAUGAGAUGCUGCUAUUCAAGUGAGCAUGUGUCCAGUCGCUAUGUGGUACCUGAUGAUUACAUCUCUGUUGGGGAUAUCUUCGCUGUCUGCGUGCCUGGCGAUGUGUGGUGGUACAGGGUAAUUGUCCACCUUGUCAUCAGUUCUACAGAAAUUCAAGUGUACUAUCCUGACUUUGGCAAUGUAGCCACUGUAAAAAGAUGCUGGCUGCGAUUCCUCAAGGCUUGCUAUAUGAACCUACCUGCCCAGGCAGUGCCAUCUUCACUAGCUUUUGUGAAGCCUGUGGAGGAUCAGUGGUCAACAGAAGCCAUUAAGAGUUUCCAACAGCACUGUACUAAGGGCCCUCUGGUCGGAGUGGUGCUCCAAUAUGUAUUAGACCAGUUGUAUCUCUUUCUUUGCGAUACUUCAACUGAGGAAGACCUUUAUCUGCAUCAGCAACUGAUAAAUCACAGACUUGGCAGUACGGGCCAAGAGCCUGGAUUUUACAAGGAUUUGCAUAAGUGUAACCCAUUUGUGCACUACCUAUUCAAGUCUAUAGAGAAGCCACAAGAAGAUCUACAGGAUGAUUCAAUGCAGACUGAAAAGCAAACAGUAAAGCCAACAGUAGAGCCAAUAAAUGACCAAGAAGCCUUGCUGCAAGACAUAUCAUUCCAAACAGUAAAAGAGGAGGCUGAAUCUGAGAUGCCAUACUUAGAAGCCAUCCCCACUGGUGAAGAUGUAUGGGAUGAGAAUUGGUCUUUUUCAAGCAAUACGAUGACUCUUGACGUGCUAAAGCCGCAUUCUGUAAACCUAGAUAAAAAUCAGGAGGAGGAGAAACCUAAAGAAGAGCAAGUAAAUGAUUUUGUGAAAGCUAAUGAUCUAAAUCUUCUGUCCAUCCCCUUGGAGGAAUUCUACAUAUCUCUAAUUGAGUCUAGGAACACUCUAGAAAAGUGUGCAGUUCCAAAUUCUCCGGUGAUUGAAUGUGGCCCGGCUCAGAAGACAAAUCCACCUGUCCCAGAACCAUUAUAUGAUCGCUGUUCGCCAUUACCAGCAGAAGAAAAUCCAGCUGUGAAAAAUACUUUUGUUCUGUUGGAUGAAACCUCAAUUCUUCAAACAACACAAGGGGGCAACCCACUUAUGGGAUUUCAAAUGUUCAAAAUUGCUAGGAGUUCAACAACAGUUGCUCUAGGCCCUGCAGCUCGGUUGGCCUCCAGCCCUGGCAGCCUGCUCCAUUGGGUUCCUGAUCCUGGCAAAAGCGUAGUGGGCAACUUAGAGUCAUAAUAAGGCUUAGCAAGUGUCAAAAAGUGGGUAUUGGCUAUGUAGGUGGAGUAAGGAUAUCAGUCGCAUCCUUUACAUGGGUUUGUUUUCAUUAAGCUGGUGAAAAUACAGUUUAAAGGUUUUCUCAUACGUCUGAUUUAAGUUUGUUGCGUAUUUGUAAACCCUAAAACGAGCCUAAUUGGUUAUCUUUAGGAGUAUUAUUCUACACCAUUUUUUCAUACGCUAAUGCAGCGGUUCAUGGUAGUGAAACCACCCAAGGCAGCUAUAACUCAUGUGGGUCAAUUCCGUUAAAUGUCUUCUCCUCCCUUUCGAUUCUGGGCGAGAAAGUGUGGCUAUAUCCUUACAGUAGCUCUAGACUCCCCAGUCUGGGUGGCAAAGUGUAGCUAUAUGCGUAGAAAAUUCAGCGAGAUCGUGUUAUGAGCGUGGCAAGUUCAGCUGUCAGUGGCGGCAUUGGCAACUGGCUCUCUUCGCUUGUAAUUGAAUUGACCCUAUGAUAUAUAGUCAUUUAGUUCCAGUACAUUGUACAUAAUAAACAUGCAUAUUAGUAUGAAAAAAAUGUGCAGAAUCAUAUUGCCGUGUGUACAGUAGCUAUCUCACACGUACAAAGAUGUGUCCUCCCUCAUCUUACACGCAAUGCGUGUAAGAUUAGCCACGAAGAGCUGCGUAUAGUCGCUCUCGUGACUAUAUGCAGCUAUUGUAAUGCUGUGCGAAUGAGUCACGGGUGCAAGAGUACGCAUGUUCCCGUUCACGGACACACUUGCCGCAACUGUCUUACCGUGAUGCAUGCACAUCACUGGUAAGAUAAGGACCCAUCUGUAUUUGUAGGUUAGUGGUCAUGCCAUUUAUUUCAAUAAGACACAUUCCUUGCAGAUAGACAUGGCAUGAUGGUAGAUUACUUUUUUUUUCUCUCUGAUGGUCCAUUGAUGCAACUGAAGUGGUUGGUUUAUAUGUAAGCGUGUUAAAGCUCUAAUUCAGGGUAGUAGAUUUCUUUGAAGAUCACAGCUUUUAGAAUACAAUGCAGUUUAUGGCUCUUUCUCACAGAUGAGUGGCACUUUUGUUUAAACAUUUAAGAUGCUUUGUAGAUAAGGCAAUUUAUAAUAAUUAUUGUUGGCAAUUUUAUUUAGCAAUUUAAAUAUGCUGGUUUUUCUCUGCACAAAAAAAACACUAAAGUAUUUGCAGGUGCUUAAUCCAAAUAAAGGGGUCAUUUCAAACAA